CAGUCGCCGGCCGAACCCGUGAAAGUUCCCGUCUUUCAACAGAGGGCGUGAAGCAAUCCAAGGUUCGAAGGCGAUCGCACCACCGUCCCGUGUCGCACACUCGCACCGCUGCUCUCGUCGGGCCAGGCCACAGCCGCGCAAUCGCAUACCCCGCCUCCCUGUCCAGCCUCCAGCCACAAGUGACAAGUCCUCCUCCUCCUCCUCCCCCACAACGCGCUCCGCCGCCGCCGCCGUCGACCGAGCCCAGUCCCGACCCCGUUAAAAGCCCGGCCGGCGCGCGUGCUGUUUUUCAUUUCCUUUCUCUUCUUCUCUCAAGGGAAGGGGGGGCACUGUACUAGCGCGAGCCGGAGGGAGAAGGGUAAAGAAACAGGCCAAGAAAUCCACUGACGGCCGGCGGGGAAAGGCGCCCUAGGCGAUGGGAACAGUGCUGGACUCCCACUUCCUGGCGCUCACCGCCAUCGUCACCGUCGGGUACCAGCUGGUGUUCUUCAUCAUCACAGCUCUCCUCCGCAUCGACAAGGUCACCGAUUUCGCCGGCAGUACAAAUUUCAUCAUAAUUGCGGUCCUGGUAGCAGCUUUGAAGGGAACAUGGCACUUCCGUCAGAUCGUGUUGACAGUGCUUGUUAUAAUUUGGGGGCUUCGCUUGGCAGUGUUCUUACUAAUGAGGAUUUUGCAAUGGGGAGAGGACAAACGGUUUGAUGAGAUGCGCAGUAACUUGGGGAAAUUAGCUGUCUUCUGGACUUUUCAGGCUAUCUGGGUUUGGACUGUCAGCUUGCCUGUUACUAUUGUGAAUGCAAGUAGCAGCAACCCUUCUAUUGAAGCUCGGGAUAUCAUUGGUUGGAUAAUGUGGGCCAUCGGGCUAUUUGUGGAAGCCAUAGCUGAUCAGCAGAAGCUUAAAUUCAAGAAUUCUCCAAGCAAUAGGGGAAAGUGGUGUAAUGUUGGUCUUUGGAGUUAUACUCGCCACCCAAAUUACUUUGGGGAGAUACUCCUUUGGUGGGGGGUGUUUGUAGCAUCAACUCCGGUUCUCUCAGGAGCUGAAUGGCUUGUAAUCUUGGGACCCAUCUUCCUGGCGCUCCUGCUUCUUUUCGUUAGUGGGAUUCCACUUCUUGAGUCAUCUGCUGAUAAGCGCUUCGGCCGGUCUGAGGAAUACCGCACAUACAAGAAAACCACAAGCCCUCUGAUCCCAUUGCCGCCGGUCGUGUAUGGAGCCCUGCCUGAUUGGUUCAAGGUGGCAUUCCUCCUGGAGCUGCCCCUCUACAACCCCGGGCCGGAACGCGACCCCGUCAGCUGAGCGCCGAAUGUGCGUUGUUCUUCAGAUCACAAGUGAUUAUACAUGUAAUGUACUGAUUUUAUUUUGGAUGGGUGAUUCUUUUCCCAUUGAUUUCAAGGGGUUUACGGUGAAGUUUGUCCAUAUGUAUCUAUCUUCCAGGAUGUUCAAAAAUCAAAAGCAUAGACUGUGUACCUGUCUUCAAUAGGGAUAUUGUGUACUCGUGUUAAUAGUGGAGUAAAAGUUUGAUUUUAUUUUGUACCAAAUCCUGUAUGAAAGUCUGUUUUUCUCUAGUUUCUAUUGGAAUUUUAUUUACUGGUUAA